AUGAACGACCCUGGACUUGACGAUGCCAUCGCCGACGAGGCAAAUGCUUUGGAUCAGUAUUCCUCUCAGGCCCAGCCAGAAGACACCAGUAGUGCUGGCGGUACCGAUAAAAAGCAACGUCAACUAGACUCAUCCCCGGUAGCAGCUCGAUGGUGGCUUGCGAGCACGGUCUAUCCAUUGGCAGCGGGGACAUUUGGGCCAAUGGCCAGUGCAUUCAACGUAUGUUGUCUAGCGCAAACAUGGCGAAUGAUGCCAGAUGAUCGUGAUGGGUAUCUGAACAUUGCUGAUCCAAAAUGGGUUGUCGCUGUGAAUGCACUCUCACUAGUAUCUGCUUUAAUCGCCAACCUAUUCCUGUCGCUGAAUAUGGCGCGUCGGGUUCGAUUUUCACUUGCCCAGCCAAUUAUCGUGGUCGGUUGGUUUGUUUCCUCCGCCCUGCUAAUUGCUAUCAUUAUCCCAUUUGGAGUGAUGAUGUACAAGCCCGAGAACUCAAAGUAUCUUUACACUCAGGCAUACUUCUAUGGAACUUUUGCGGCGGGGAUGUACUUUAUCAUCGCGUGCCUAUCAACGGUCACUGCAUACGGUGCUCAUGCAGGCCACUACAGCCGUGACUACAAGUUGAGCAACAGCCAGCGAACCCUGAUGCUCCAGACGAUUAUAUUUGUCAUAUAUUUGCUUGCGGGCGCUGCGGUAUAUGCAAAGGUUGAGGGCUGGCGGUUUUUAGAUGCAGUUUACUGGGCGGACUAUACCCUGCUUACCAUCGGUGUUGGCAACUUUGCCCCUUCUACUCAUCUUGGUCGGGGUUUGCUCUUCCCAUACGCUGUUGGCGGCAUUUUGGUUCUUGGUCUGAUCAUCUCGUCUAUCCGAACUCUGAUGCUGGAGCGGGGACGUCAAAAGAUGGCUGACGUCCUGGCUGCACGCACACGCAAGUUCCUUGUGAAGGAGGCGACCUCAGAUAACAAUCGACUGCGUUCUCUCGUACCAGACCUACCGUCUGAUCAGCAAGAAGUGGCGGGGAUGAGUCCGCGGGAGCGACGUAGACGAGAAUUUAUUACGAUGCGAAGAGUCCGGCAAAUCGCUACUGUGCAACACAAGUGGAUUUCCCUCAUUGCUUCUUUUCUGGUAUGGAUGGCCAUGUGGCUUAUCGGCGCGGUGGUAUUCUGGCAGUCAGAAAAAUACCAAGCAUGGACAUACUUCGAGGCACUCUACUUCGCCUACACGACCCUCUUGACCAUCGGAUACGGUGACAUUUACCCCCGCAGCAGUCUAGGAAAGGCGUUUUUUGUCUUCUGGUCCUUGCUCGCCGUCCCCACAAUCACAAUUCUCAUUUCCAGUAUCGGCGACACCAUCGUCCGCUUCAUCCGCGAUCUAACACUGUACAUCGGUGAAAUAACCAUUCUUCCCGGCGAUGAGCCUUUAUUGGAACGCCUAAAAGAUAUCUUCCGCAUGUCCUGGACCGAAAAAUGGGUCCAAGAAACAGUUGGCGAGAAAUCCGACGCCCAGGCCAUACUCGACGAUGAAAAAGCCACCAAUGACCCCGAACAGGCAACCUCUCAAGUUCACCACGCGCUCGAAACGGUAGAGCAUAAACGCGAAGAAUCAGCCAGCGCUCGUGGUGACAUCAGCAGUGCAAACUUACAUCACUACCACUACCUUCUCUUCCAGGAAAUCCAAAAAUUGAUGCAGUAUACUCGGGAUAACAUGCAAAAGGAAUUUGAUUAUCUCGAGUGGGAAUACUAUCUUGCUCUCAUAUCGGGGAAACAUCGGCCUGGAGCUGAUAAAGAUAUGAGCACGAGUGAUGACGAACGACAACGCGAGUUUCAACAGUGGAGCUGGCUUGAUAAGAGGAAUCCGAUUAUUGGUGAGAAGACCGAGGUGCAAUGGUUACUUCAUGCGUUGACCGAGGCUCUUGAAAAAGAGUUACGGGGUGCUAGUCAGGGAUUUCAUUCUGAUGAGUCGGAGGAUAGGAGUUUGGAGAGGAGAGAAUCGGGUUCUUGUUCCACGAGUAAAAGCGGCUAG